AUGUUCCUCGUUUCCAUGCGGAAAUCGUUCAAGGACUCCAUUAAAGGUCUCGAAGCCGACAUCCAGCACGCCAAUACCUUGUGAGUCGCCGAUGCCCCCUGCCCCUCUCAACGCGCUCCCUCUCUUUAUUCUUGAUGUCGUUUGGCUUGUUUCCUCAUGUUCAAGUUUUUUUUUUCCCUCUCGUGAAUUCGGUUUUUCAUCUCCAUUUUUUUUUUUUCUUACCGGAGCUCUCUUACGGGUUUGUUUUUGCUGUGGGUCCUCUCCUUUUCUUGGAUUUCUGCUGUGAAGCGAAUGCUGCCGGCUGCUGCACGUGUGGACCGUUUCUUCAUGCUUCUACUCUUGAGCACAAAAUUCUUGUUGGAGAUGUAUUUUUCCUUGGAGUUUUUUUUGCGUGAUUCUCCAUUGUGACAGCUGGAAUCUGAGAUUACGUGUGCUAACGGGGAAAUGAAGCAAGUGUUAGAGUGUGAAUGUUGAUUGCCAGGUAUUGGCAUUUAUGUGGUCAUGGGAUUGAUUCAUGCGCAAAGGAAGAAUUUUUGGCCAAAAAAUCCAUGGGUCCACAGUAUUCUCUUCGUCGAAGUAGUCCUUAAUGACAACCUGGGGUCUUAGCUCGAAAAUCAAGCAUUGGAUUUAUAAAUGCUACAGUGAGGUGGGCAAUGGCGUUCUAUAUUUCUUAAGAAAGCUGCUUGAGUUGAGCUCUUGGAAAUAGUUACUAUCCUUCUUCAUAUGUUAUUUAUUUUUCCUGGAGGACUUUUGCAAAGUUGGAGACUUUAAUUGUUUUCGGUUCCGGUGCUUGAUCAUUGCAAUCAGACUGAAAGUGGCCCUAGUAAAGGUCUUUCGGACGCUGCAUUUGGUCCCUGAUGACGACUUUUUGCUCUUCGAAAAUCGAUUGGAGUAUUUGACUACAAUUAAGUCUGUACAUACGAUUAUUUUUUCCUUUUGGAUUCUUUGAUGCAAAUUUAGAUGGCAUCUUUCUGCUUCCUUUGUUUGCUGCAUCAUAUUUUGAGAUGCCUGAUUUCAGGCCCGCCAGACUCUUCUUGCAAUGGGUAUUUCUCUAAAAAUUUCUGGGUGCCAUAAGCAUUAAUUUUCAACAGCUAUAUGAUAUUGUUGAUGUCCUAAGGAAAUGGGUCUGUGGAACGAUCUCGGUUAAUUGAAAAGUUUGAGUAUUGACGGUGAGAAGUAUGCUUCCAGCAGGAAGUUGUUCAGCUAAUUUGUAACGGUGAAGAGUGCUCAUCAAUGAAGUCGCUGCCUAAAAAAAAAGUGACAUCAUAUUAGCUUCCAAUACCCUCCUUAAUGCCUCGGAUGCAUCUAGACUAGUUCCACUGGAAGAUUUUGUGUUGCUGAUGUUGACUUUCUGCCCUCUAGGAAUGAGUUAUUUUAUCUGAGUCUUGCUUGCAGGGUGACUACAGCAUUUGCCUUCUUCUCCCAGGCUAAAAUUCGAAAUUUUGCCUUUGCCGGCUCUAUUCAAUUAUUGAUGCUUGGCUAAAGUUAUUCGUCCUGCAACAUUUUUUAUUCUGCAUAAUUAUUAUACUUGAUAUUAUUUAAGUCUUUUAUUGCAAUGCCAUAGGGCUUCAGAAUUUCCCAGGGAGUACGAUGGCGCCUGUCUUCAGAUGCGAAUGUCAUACAGUCCAGCUGCGCACCUGUUUCUAUUCCUCGUGCAGUGGACAGACUGUCACCUUGCUGGAGCACUGGGGCUCCUUCGAAUUUUAAUCUACAAGGUUGACUUGACAAGAAUAUCCAGAUAUAUCAAAUUGUUCAGCAGUAUGGAACACCUUUUGAUUGUUUCUUUAUUCAUGACGAAAGUACUUGUGCUUUAGGUUUAUGCAGAUGGAACAACGACCAUGUCAACUCACGAAAGGAAAGCAAGUAUACGAGAAUUUUAUGGUAAUCAUUUAUCAUCUUCGAAGGGCAUUAUAAGGGAAUGCUGAAAAAAUUAGGUGCUCAUUUUUUUUCGUGCUCAUUGACAGCCGUAAUAUUUCCCUCUCUUCUGCAACUUCAAAAGGGGAUCACUGAUGUCGAGGAUAAGAAGCAGAAGGCUGUCUGCUUUGAGAGGUACAGGAGAAGAGAUGAUGAAGAGAGGAAGCAAUUAUCUGAUAUUGAUAUUGAAAGGGAAGAAGAGUGUGGCAUCUGCAUGGAAAUGAACACCAAAAUUGUGUUGCCAGAUUGCAGUCAUGCAAUGUGCAUGAAAUGCUUUCGAGAAUGGUAUCUUCUUUCUCUUAUCCUCUCCGUACUUUGCAUUUUAUUUUUCUUUUGAUGCUGUUUUCUUUCUUAUUGUCUUUUAUUAUUUAUCGAUCGCUUUCAUUAAAAAAACAUUUUUUGUGAUUAUCAAUUCAGAAACAUAACCCUAAAAGUAUGAUGAGAGAUAUAAGUUCCUGGGUUGUAUGAUCAACUGGUUUCCGAAUGACCCACCAAAAGUGUUGGAAUCUAUUAGUCUGUUGAUCAUUCUUUAAGCAUGGGCAUCUUGCUUAGUGUAUGUAUAGUUUUUACAUAUUGAUUGCUACUCUCUAUCUCGUCUGCUUAUGGAGGAGUGAUGUCCCUAUUGGAUUUGUGCUUAGAUUAGGGGAAUAGUACAUCAUAUAUUCUUCUAAUAAAACUGGAAGAAAAGCAAAGAGAAAACAACAAGGUCUCAAGCAGUAUAGAAUGCUGGAAUAACAUUCUGAAGUGAUUUAAAAUUGGAUGUGGGUGCAGUUGCGGAUGUAUUUGCUCAGAUUCAUGAACAGUGAAUUGCUUAUGAAACCCAGAGAAAAAAUUAUCAGAUUCAUGAAUUACUUAUUAAGUGUAUGUGUUGUCACCGUUGAGUCACAUUCACCUGUUUAAAUAAAUAAAUAAAUAGUGGGUCUUAAUUUUUUUAUGAAGAUAACCGAUUUUAUUUUGACUGUUUAAAUAUGUAUCCGUAUAAACUGAAUGAGAGCUUCUAAGUCAGUAUGUUGUCUUCAUGCUUGAGUUCAAACAUGGUGCCGUGAAAAAUUAAACAACUCCAAGAUUAAAAAAAGCCAAUUAGUUUUUUUCUUUUUUUUAACGAAGAAGUGAUCAAUUUGGCCAAAUGGUUUCAUCCAUUGGGGGGUCUUGUUGACUCUAGAAAAUAAUAAUAAUAAUAAUAAUAAUAAUAAUAAGAAUAAGAAUAAUAAUAAUAAUAAUGAUGAUGAACAAAACAUGUAAGAAAAUAACGAAAAUUGCAAUCCUGUAAAAUCUUUGUUCCUUUCCAUAUCAUAUUAUCCUCGAAUUGCCACUGAUUUCUCUCCAUAUUCAAGGCACUCAAGAUCGCAGUCGUGCCCGUUCUGUCGCGACAGCCUCAAGCGGGUGGACUCGGGGGAUCUGUGGAUCUUCAUGGACAAUCGGGACAUCAUCGACAUGGCCACUGUGUCCCGGGAAAAUCUGAGGCGGCUCUUCAUGUACAUAGAGAAGCUGCCUGUGAUCAUCCCCGACUCAGUCUUUGAAGCCUAUGAUUCCCAUGUAAAAUGA